ACCCGACUACGAUCUCAGCGGGACACAGUAUGUCCACCAGCAGCCUAAGCUCGCCGGAAUCAGAAAGGGAGAGUAAGAAAUUAAUAAUAAAUUACCACGAUAAGUCAGCUACAAAAAGAGACGACGAUAGCCUUUCAGAAGCAUCGACUCAGCCGCUUUCACCACCGAGAAGCAAAUCUAGCUCUGAUCUGAGCGAACCACCUGAAGAUAGAAUUAAAAUGUCAAAAAGUCCUACUAAAAUUGAACCCUCGCUCACUUCUGCAUUGGACCCAAUUCCUACCGAGAUAGCAACGGAAUUAGCAAAAGAUCCACCACCAGAAGCUGUAGCCGCGCCUACAACAGAAAAAGAAGUUGGUGCAGGCGAAGCACUUUUAGAUAUGGCAGUAGAGGGUGAAAUGAUGACGGAAUCGCCCACCCGUAUAGACGGCCCUGCUGACCAUGACGAUAACGAGAAGGCAAAUACCUUAGCUGAUUCGCUAGAUGAACAGAAAAUGGAAGUUGAAGACGUCGGUCAGCAGGAUGACGUUGACCAGCAGAAUGAUAUAGAACAAGAGGAUAAAACCGAUAUCGGCCACCCAGAAGAGCAUGAAGAUGAGCGUGAUGAUGAUCAGGAAAAGCCUGACGAUGAAUCCGAGAGAAAUGAUGAAGACGAAGAAGGAGAGGCAGGAGAAGGAGACGAAGACGAUGAGGACGCACCUACAAAUGCUGCUGGCGGGUCAUCAACAGCAUACCAUGUCGACGAUGAGCGUGAAGAAGCUCUCGCUUUUCUUACAAAGUUGGAAAUUGAGUUUGCAAUGCUUAGGAAUAAACUCUAUGUCGAGAGAAUGGAGGAAGUCGCCAAAGAGAGCGCAAUGAUUGCAGAUGGCACACAUCCAGAAUUACAACAUCUACACAACAUACUCAAAAACCGCAGAGAUACACGGUUAUCACUUGCUAGUGUACGUUUGAAGAAACUCGAAGAAUCGUAUAAGACAACUUUUCAAGCAGAACAGGAAUCAGCAUGGACUAACUGGGUGGAGCGUGUUAAACAACUCCACUUUGGUCAAGGCGAUGCGGUCGAAUCAGGCUCAUUUGGCUGGGGAUAUGGUCUACAAGGAAACGACAGGAAGAGAAGAAGACUUGAGCGUGAAAAGAGAACGUUGGAGUUACCCAAAAUAGUCCGUCAUGAACCCAUCUCUCAACUGGCGCAGAAGACGAAUGAGCAGCAUGAAUUACUUCCACCUCCAAUACUCCCAACGGCUAACCAAAAGAAAGGGAAGAAACGUGGUAGACAUUCAAAAAAGGAUUACAUAAAUGAAGCCAAGCAGAAGGUCUCAGUUAAUACCUGGCAAGACAUCAACUCGUCCUUUGGUGAAGCACUGAGUAAUUUGGAUGAUGUACAGCUCUCUUCGCAAGCAGUCGACGAAGAUUUGUUGGUUAUGAGAGAGAAACAUCAAGAAUUGACUACGCACAGAGACCGGUUACAUAGUACCACUGAUACACAGCAAAAUUCACCACUGGUGUCGAAUUACCCUUCACCAACGUCACUCCCAGCUGCCCUCACUGAGCAGAAUGAACGGCCGGGAUAUAACCGAGGAUACUCGCUUGACUCGGCACCCGCCGAAGCACCCGUGUAAUUAUAGCAUUUAUCAAAUAAUAUUUAUAUUCUC